AUGUCGCAAGCCGCAAUUAAGAAGAUGAAAAAGUCUGACGAAGAGGAAAAACGAGUAGUUGACUUGAGAAAAGAGAAAAGAAAGGAUUUCAGCAUGGGUCCACAUGGCCCCGGUAUGCAGCCUGGUAUGCUCCAUCGGCCUCCGUUCCCAGGGUUCCAUCCACAACAAUUCAGACCCCAGCCCGGACAGGCCCCGUUUCCGUUCCCACCGGGUAUGCCCGCACAAUGGCCUGCGCAGGCUGCCCCGGACGAUACAGGGAAUCAGGAGAACAGCCGCCGAAACAUGCAGAAGUGGGAGUCAGACGAGGACCUAGGGGAGAAUGCUACGAUUUCACCCAUACUCUACUGCAACCUCAAACAUCCAGAGUUGAAACAAGAAUUCCCAGAUUGGUCAGAGAGAUCGAAACAGAUUGCAAAGAUUUGGAAAUUGACCCCAGAAGAGAAACAGCAUUACUUGUUGAAAGCAAGAAAGAAUCGUGGAACAGUGAAGGGCAGACAACCCAAGGUUCCUGACAGCCGACGCAAGAAGGAAACUAUGCCGCAAAUGCCGGGGGUCCCAGGGAUGUACAAUAGCCCUGAUGGCACCCCUGGAGUGCAGAGCCCUAUCAACUCCAGCCCAGGGGGCAUCCAGAGCCCUAUCCGGCCUACUGGAGCCAUGAUGCCUGGUACACCGGGGGCGUCUGGUAGCGGCAGUCCUGUGGCCCCUCCCCCCAACAGUCACCACGCCCCCCUGCGACACAUGCCAUCCAUGGCCUCUCCCGCCUCCCUGCCAGUCACCAGCUCUGUGCAUGACUGGCUCUCUGUGCAUGACUGGCUCCAGUCAAACCACGCCCACCUCACACAAAGCCACUCCCAACUAACACAAAACCAGGGUCAUGGAUCAGGGCGACCCAUGCAUCAUGAGGCCCUGUCACGCCCCCAUGAAGCCCUGACACGUCCCCUCUCGGGUCUGUCUGACCACGCCCCCCUGUCACCACAGAGCAGCACGGCCAGCUCUGGGAGUGGCAGCGACCUCCAGGGAGAGGACUGCGGGCUCCACCCUGCCAGGAAUACCUUCGCGGAGGAGGGUAGCGGUAUGAGGGCGUCUGGUAGCGGCAGUCCUGUGGCCCCUCCCCCCAACAGUCACCACGCCCCCCUGCGAAACAUGCCAUCCAUGGCCUCUCCCGCCUCCCUGCCAGUCACCAGCUCUGUGCAUGACUGGCUCCAGUCAAACCACGCCCACCUCACACAAAGCCACGCCCAACUAACACAAAACCAGGGUCAUGGAUCAGGGCGACCCAUGCAUCAUGAGGCCCUGUCACGCCCCCAUGAAGCCCUGACACGUCCCCUCUCGGGUCUGUCUGUCCACGCCCCCCUGUCACCACAGAGCAGCACGACCAGCUCUGGGAGUGGCAGCGACCUCCAGGGAGAGGACUGCGGGCCCCACCCUGCCAGGAAUACCUUCGUGGAGGAGGGUAGCGGUAUGAGUGAAACCAGUCAAUUGGAAGACACACCUGCAAUGCAUGAGGGCUGGAAUGAGAGCGAAGUCGAAGAUAUUACAUCACAUUUACAAGAUGGCAGAUUGGUUGAACUUAGCAAAUCCUUUCUCAUGAAGAUAAAAAACUGUUCUGACCUAACGAACAUGGGUGGUGGUUUCGCUCGCGUUCCUAUUCCUGGAUUCAAACACAAACUUGUUCUUAAGGCAAUUGGAGGUGAUGAUGAGAACUCAAAAUCUCAGACGCAACUUUUAGGUUCAGUUAAAAAUGAGAAGUUGGCAUCACGGGUGAGACAUUUUGCCAUCGUUCCACUGCUGGCCUACCACGAUGAUUGUUCGUUAGGUAUAUGUUACUUGAUUUCACCGUAUUUUGAAAAUGGUGAUCUGUUCGAUGCUCUUCGAUCCGACAACGGGGACAAGGUUCUACUUGAAUGGAAAACAAGGCUGAAAGUGAGCUACCAGAUAGCUUGUGGAAUAGACUACAUGCACACAAGUAAUUCGUUUCGAGGAACCAUUCUACAUUUGGACAUCAAGUCAAAGAACAUCGUGCUUGACAAAAAAUUCAACGCUAGGUUGAUAGAUUUUGGCUUGUCAAGGGAGUCAAUGACAGGAAGCAAUAUAACAACAGCGCCUUUAGCAGGAUCGGAAUUAUACCGUCCACCACGUUAUCACAAAACGAGCCCUUUACUGGAUUUGUAUGCUUUCGGUGUUGUUAUUCGGGAAAUUUUAACCGGCCUAGGUCCUGAGGGAACACGUCCUUCUCAGACACCACUGAAACUGUUGGAUGUGGUGAAUUUUGAAGAUUUGAUACAGAGACGAAUAUGGACAAUUGAUUUUGUUUGGAAGAGUGUGUCCAGUAUAGCUAGUCGAUGCAUAUCUAGCGUAGAUAAUGACGAAAUAAGGUGCCAAAUAUCCUCAGCUUUAAUACGCACAUCAUUGAAGUCGAUUUUAAUCAAAGAAUCAAUACAAAAAUGGACGGUCCUGGAUGACAAUAACUGCGAAAUAUGUGUGGUUAAUGGACAAUUGGAAAAAGAAAAUCUUUCCUUUCGCCGAGUAUCAGAAAUAAAUCAUUCUAACUGCACAACAAAAAUCAAAAUAUGUUGUGCCUGCAUGAGGAAUUCGUACGUAAAUCCAGUCAAGUGUCAGGUGUGCGAUAACGAGAUAAAAUCUAUCAUAGGAGAUGGAUGGGGCGCCAUUUUAAUAGCUGGAUUCGACGAAGACAACAAUCCGUUUCGAAAUGAUGUGAAGAUGUUUGCACAUGCUAUAUCAUCGAAAGUUCUUCCAUCGAUGUGUGUAAGGCCGAUUGCUUAUAAAAUCAUAAACUUAUUGGGAGAACAACUGAAUGUGCAUCAAAAGUCAAUGUCACAUGCAGACAAGAAUGCCCAUUGCUUGUGCAUUGUUUAUGAUACGGGUCCCAAAUGUUGUGAAGAGGUAGACAACAUAGAAAAACUUUUGCUUGCUUGGAACUCGAAGCGUUUGUUGUGCUGCAAGCUACGAUUCUCACUGACAGGCAAUUGUCAUAAACCGUCCGGUUUUUUCUUGAAAAAUGGUAAACCUGUCAAGGAUUGCAUGCAUGAAAAGAACGAAUUUGAGUUGACAGAAUUGGAGAGUUUCAUAAAGGAUUUACUAGAUAAAAGGAAUAAGUGCGACCCUGACACAAAACAAGCGUUAACAGUUUUCAUUUCAAACAUGUCUUCAUUUAUUCAUGGCUGCAAAUGGAACAAGCCGAAGCAUCAAAUAAUACAACUUCGCUUCAUUGAUCUCUUUGAUGAAUGUACAAUCUGCGUGGUUCAUCUUGUGCUGGUCAAUCCAGCCGCGGAACCGUUACCGCCACCACCACCCGUGUUCAAGAUUCCUACCUACCACCACCAUGAGCAUACCUCACCUGCGUCGUAUCAGACUCCACCGGGACCCCCGAAUGUCGCCGCUCAGGGCUCAGCAGACAGUCACGAGGACCGCUUUGCGUUCCACAGUCCUCAGGUUUUCCCACCCCUCGAUCCAAUGGGCAACAAGGUAAAGAUAUCCCCUUCAUAA